AUGGCCAAGCAGUGGUCCAAAGGGAGCGGGAAGGCCAAGAAACAUUUCUUCAAUGUCGCAGAGAACCUUUCUGCAGCAAUCAAGGAGGCCUCAGCCAUCAAGUCCUCUGUACUGGAUGCUUGGCUCGACGAUGCAGAUGGAGAGGCAGGGCAGAGCUAUUUUGGGCGUAGUCGCCGUGCAUUCUGGAAGGAGUACCUUGCCUAUCAGAAGGAUCACGGAAAGGGCACCUGGAAGAAGGAAGCGUUCAAGAAAGCCUAUGCCUCGUACGAGAAGGUUCGGGAUGGCAUUCAAGACCAGACUCAGGCUGACGAGAAGAUGAACGGGGAUGCUUGA